AUGAUCGGAAGAGUAGCGCACAUUGGUGUUGAUCUUGUUCUCAUUAGUGCAUUUUUUGCCGGCUUGAAAAGAUCAACUGGUGUUCAACCCAACUUGGACUUGAUUGAAAAUAAGGAUGUAAGGACAUAUGCAGGAAAAUUUUUGAACUUUGGAGAUUCAGUUUUGGACAGUUCUGCUGCGUUUUUAGGGAGCAGCGGAUACUUUACUAGGAAAUGA